AUGGCGGGCAGCGACGAGCAGCGGCUCUACUCGCGGCAGCUGUACGUGCUGGGCGGCGGGGCGCGGCGGCUGGCAGAAGCGUCGGUGCUGGUGUCGGGGCUGCGGGGGACCGGAGCGCAGGUGGCGGCGGCCCUGGUGCUGGCAGGAACCGGGUGUGUCGUCCUGCACGACAGCGGAGCCGCCCGCACGGCCGACCGCGCCCACCAGUUCCUCCUGGGGGAGAAUGAUGUAGGCCGGAACCGUGCCGAGGUGUCCCAGCAGGCCCUGGCUGAACUGAACCCUCAUGUAGUGGUGGCAACUCAUACUGGGGAGCUGUCGGAAGCCUUCCUUGCUUCCUUCCAGGUGGUGGUGCUGACUGAAUCCCCGCUGGAGGAGCAGCUCUGCAUUGGGGACUUCUGCCAUGCCCGGGGCAUCUGCUUCAUUGUGGCUAACACCAAGGGGCUGGCAGGGCAGCUGUUCUGUGACUUCGGGGAGCACUUUGUUGUUGAGGACCCAGCAGAAGGGGACCCAGUGUGUGCUGCUGUGCAGCACAUCUCCCAGGGCAACCCAGGUGUGGUGACAUGCAUGGGGACAGAAGACAGCCGUGGCCACCUCUUCUGCGACGGUGACCUGGUGACAUUUUCUGGUGUGGAGGGGAUGACAGAGCUGAAUGACCAGAAGCCCAUCCCUGUGCGUGUGCUGGAUGCUUUCAGGCUGGAGAUUGGGGACACCAGCUCCUUCUCUCCCUACCGCUGUGGGGGCCUAGUCCUGCAGGAGCGGCUGCCCCAAGUGCACUCCUAUAAGUCGCUGCACCAGGCACUGGCAGAUCCCAAGAUCCAAGUGGCAAGUGCUGAGGAGCUGCCACGCAGCCACAGCCUGCAUGCCGCAUUCCAGGCCCUGCACGCUUUCUGCAGGGAGCGGGGCUGCCUGCCCCGACCCAGAGCACAAGCAGAUGCUGAGCGGGUGCUGGAGCUGGCACGGAGCCUGAGGACACGACAGGGUCUCCUGGAUGAGAAUGUUGUGCGAGCCUUUGCCAGCGUGAGCGCAGGGGACCUGUGCCCCAUGGUUGCAAUUGUUGGGGCCAUGGCAGCUCAGGAGGCACUGAAGGCCAUCACUGGGAAAUUCCUGCCCCUGGACCAGUGGUUGUACUUUGAUGCCCUGGAGUGCCUGGAGCUGGAGGGGGCCAUGCAGCUGACAGAAGAGGAUUGUGCUCCGAGGGGCACUCGCUACGAUGGCCAGAUCGCCGUCUUCGGGACCACCUUCCAGGAGCAGCUGGGCCACCAGAAGUACUUGGUGGUGGGAGCCGGUGCUAUUGGCUGUGAGCUGCUGAAAAACUUUGCCAUGAUGGGGCUGGCAGCAGGACCGGGUGGGGACCUCACUGUCAUCGACAUGGACACAGUUGCUCUCUCCAACCUCCAUCGGCAGCUCCUGUACCGCUCAUCAGAUAUAUCAAAGCCAAAGUCAGUGGUGGCCGCAGCAGCCAUGCAGCGCAUGAACCCUGAUGUCAGGGUGACAGCUCACCAGAACCAGAUGGGACCUGCCACUGAGUCACUCUAUGGGGAUGACUUCUUCCAGCGCCUGAAUGGUGUCACCAGUGCCUUGGACUCUCUGGAGGCUCGUGCCUACUUGGAGAAUCGCUGCCUCCACUGCCUCACGCCACUGUUGGACUCAGGCACUGAGGGGCCACGGGGGAACGUCCUGGCCAUGGUGCCCUUCCUGACCAAACCACUGGAGCCAGCCGGUGCUCCUGAGGAUGGCACCUUCCCCUUCUGCACCCUGCGGUACUUCCCCCGCACCAUCCAGCACACACUGCAGUGGGCUCGUGAUGAGUUCGAGGGGCUCUUCCAGCUGCCCGCCGAGCACGUAAACCGCUUCAUGAAAGACCCAGCUUUCCUGGAGCAGCUGCCAGCAGGGAAGGCCCUGGAGGUCUUGGAGCAAGUGCAGAAGAGCCUUCAGGAGCGGCCACAGAACUGGCAGGACUGCGUGCACUGGGCCCACCGGCACUGGCAGAGCCGUUACCAUGAUGCCAUUGUCCAGCUGCUGCACACCUUUCCCCCAGAGCAUGAAACCAGCCCAGGUGUCCCCUUCUGGACAGGAGACAGGAGCUGUCCUCAUCCACUGAGAUUUAACCCUGAUAACAACACCCACCUGCAGUACAUCCUGGCUACUGCCCACCUCUUUGCCCAAGCCCACAAGGUGCCUCCAUGCAGUGACCAGGCAGCCAUCCAGACCAUCCUCCGCAGCACGGUCCUGCCGCCCUUCCAACCCCAGGAGGAGCUCAACAUCCCUCUCACUGAGGAGCAGGAGGAGGUGCAUUCGCCUGAGGGCAUCCCUGUGCCCUCAGACCAUGGGCGGCUGGUGAAGCUCACCCAGGAUCUGGUUCAGAAAAAACAGGAGCUGCUAGAGGGUGAGGAGGUACAAGUGCCUCUGAUGGAGCCCAUCCACUUUGAGAAGGACAAUGACAUCCACGUGGACUUCAUCACAGCAGCAUCCAACCUGCGUGCAGAGAACUAUGGCAUCCCCCCUGCUGACUGGCUGAUGAGCAAGAGGAUUGCUGGGCGGAUUGUGCCUGCCAUCAUCACCACCACAGUGGCUGUGGCCGGUCUGGCGUGCCUGGAGGUCUACAAGCUGGUAUGGGGCUGCCAGGACCUCAAGUGCUACCGCAACAGCAACCUCUGCCUGUCUGACUGCCUACUGCUCCGCAUUCAGCCCCUGCCACCCACCACCUAUUGGUACGGCGGGAGGGAGUGGAGCUGCUGGGACCGGCUGGAGAUGCAGGCAGUCAGUGCAGAUGGGCAGGAGAUGACGGUGCAGGAGGUGCUGGACUGGCUGCAGAGGACAUAUGGCUGGACUGUGACCAUGCUCCUGCACGGCUAUACCGUGAUCUAUGACAAGGAGGAGGAUGAAGAGAUAUGGGCCCGACAGCAGGCACAGAGGUUAUCAGAGAACCUGGAGGACGCCAGGGAGAGGCGGCGACUGGAGUUGCUGUAUGUAUGUGAGGGAGAGGAUGCUGAGGCCAGUAAUAGCCGUCCCCCUCUCCUCUGCUCCCUACCCUGA